CGGGUGGGAGAUCGUAAGGCUGUGGAUCCAAGGGUCCAAUUUGAUUCUCAUAAUGAUCUCUCCCGUGGUUGAAUUGCGGGCAGCGUCGCGUGGCCAGACACUCUUUCUAGACAGAUAUACUUCGAUACCCAUGCGGGUAUCUCAUACCCCGUCACAACCAUGGUGCUCUUAACUCCCUCCACCGUCUCCUCCAUUAUCUCCAUGGGAGUCAUCUUUAUCUUCACAUUCCUCUUGUUCCUAUCCGGCUAUGUCCUCCAGCAGCAAUCCGUCAGGAACAUUCAACAAGCCCUCAAGCCUCCCUCAGACUCCUCAUACCCCCUUGCCAAACACGAUUCACGAUCGACAUAUCGGAAUGCUAGGAGGGACACCAGCUACGACCAACCCUACCACGACAGCAGCAAUGACAGGCAGCAAGACAACAAUGGCAACUACGCAUACGUUCAACUCCUCUCCACCCCUGAUCCCUCGAACAUCUGCUCUGCAAUCCUCUUCUUCCACCACCUCUCCAAAAACGGCACAGCAGUUCAAGACCGUCUCUUCAUGUAUCCGCAAGAAUGGGACCAACCCUCGUCCAAGAACAAGAAACUUUCGAAAUCCGUCACAAAAGUUCUCUCUCUCCUCCGCUCCGCAAGUAUCAAGUAUAAUAUUUGGUUAUUGCCUAUCGACAUGACAGCUGCGACGUCGGCGGGUUAUGCACCCACAGAUACGAAAUUGUUGCGCCUUGGACAGAUUCAGUUCAUGCAGUAUGAUAGUGUGCUAUAUCUGCAGACCCCGGGCUUACUGCUUGAUACGGGGAAGUUGGAUGAUCUGUUCUUGUCAAGACCGCUGCCGCAACGGUAUGAUCAGAAUCGACGGGAAUCAUGGGAUAAUGAAGCUUGGACUUCUAUGCCGCUGAAAGCUGAGCUGAAUAAUGCGCUCCCGCCUGUGUACCUGGUCACAGUUAGUAAUGUUGGGGCUGGACAGGUUGAGGCACGAGGACAUGUUCCUAAUAUAGAUCUCCCUGGGCUUGGACAGCUUGCGGCGGGUCCGGAAGCUGUUCAGACAACUAGAGAUGAUGAUUAUGAUGAAGAUGAACGACCAGCGUAUGUCAUUUUUGACCAUGAUCGUGAUGGACAUGUUCGGUGGGCGGGGAACCCUUUUUAUGAAACUUGGAGAGCAGGAUUGUAUGAUGUAUGUGAUGGGCUUGAUCUUGAUGAUAAUAUAUAUCCAUGAUGAUGAACUAUGAUGAUUUGUUUUUACUUGCAUUGUGGUUUAUUUGGUUAGGUUUUGAUUAGGGCACAUACACUCUCCAGAUGGCGUUAGUACAACAGUUCCAUGACUUGCACAUACACAUCCAGCAUUGUUGUGAAAUAAGAAAAGAUAUAAAUCAUUCAUGAAAGUAUAGUAUCCAAAAAGGUAUCCGUAG